ACUCGCUGCGUAUGUAUGCGUGUCUCCACAGCUAGGCCGGAGAGUGAUGGCGGCGCCCGUCCUGAGAGUGUCCACCCCUCGGUGGGAGAGAAUAGCCAGGCUUCUCGUCUGCCUUUUGGGCAUCCUGUUGUCUCUAUACGCGUUUCACGUCGAGAGGGAAAAGGCUCGGGAUCCGACCUACACGGCGAUGUGCGACGUCAGCAGCUCCAUCAGCUGCUCCAGAGUGUUCAGCUCAAGGUGGGGUCGAGGUUUCGGACUCUUGGGCUCAAUUUUUGGAAAUGACAGCGUAGUGAACCAACCCAACAGUGUCUACGGGAUUGUCUUUUAUGCUUUCCAGCUCCUACUAGGAAUGACCGUCAGUGCAAUGGCCGCCCUUAUUCUCAUGACGACGUCCAUCUUGUCGGUGGUGGGCUCGCUCUACCUGGGCUACAUCCUCUACUUUGUCCUCAAGGACUUGUGCGUCAUCUGCAUCACCACGUACGCUCUGAACUUCAUUCUGUUUAUUCUCAACUACAAGCGACUGGUUUACUUGAACGAGGCCUGGAAGCAGCAGCUCCAGACCAAGCAGGACUAAAGCUGUGGAGAACGGCAAGAACAACACCACAAACAAGUACAGAAAAAAAAAACACGAAAGAAAGAAAUGUGACCUCUGAACAUUUGACUUGCCACCAGGAGACCUUGCUUCCAAACAAUGUUUAUUCUGCUGUGUGUUCAAAAAAAAAAAUGAAGAAAUUUAACUUAAAUGUGGGGCCUGACA